AUGCACGUGCAACUCAGGCGAGCCAGGAGAAGAACUGAUACGCAGGACAUAGAACUUGCAAUGGAUAUGAUGGUGGUGUUCUCUGAUGAUGAUGACAGAAAUGCUGAUAGUGCUAUCAUUGAGAGGUUGGCUAAAAAAUUGGAGCUUCAUAGUGUUGAGGAUCUCAAUAUAGAAACAUUGGCUAUUAGGAACCUUGCUGCAGAAAGAAAAGGGCAACAGACUGAGAGUACUCAGAAAAUAAUUGACCUUCUCAACAAAUUCAAACGAAUUGCAGGCAUGGAAGAAACCAGCGUCCUUGAUGAUCCUGUCGUGUCCAAGAUGCUUGAGAGGUGCACCUCUUUGGUCAUCCCUCAUGAGUUUCUCUGCCCAAUUACACUAGAAAUCAUGACAGAUCCUGUUAUUGUAACAAGUGGGCAGACAUAUGAAAGGGAAAGCAUAGAGAAGUGGUUCCAAUCCAACCAUAACACAUGCCCCAAGACAAGGCAACCUUUGGAACACUUGUCAUUGGCACCAAACUGUGCCUUGAAAAGCUUGAUUGAAGAAUGGUGUGAGAACAACAACUUCAAACUCCCUAAAAAAUACAAUUCUUCAGGUAAAGAAAGCUGUCCUAUAGACAGCAAAGAGGAAAUUCCAGCCUUGGUUGAGAGCCUAUCAUCUAUUCAUUUAGAAGAGCAGAGAAAAGCAGUGGAGAAGAUACGUAUGCUAUCAAAGGAAAAUCCUGAGAACAGGGUUUUGGUUGCUGAUCAUGGAGGAAUACCACCACUAGUGCAACUCUUGUCAUAUCCAGAUUCAAAAAUACAAGAACAUGCUGUGACAGCACUUUUAAAUUUAUCAAUUGAUGAGGGUAACAAGAGUCUUAUAUCCACAGAAGGUGCCAUUCCAGCUAUCAUAGAAGUGUUGGAGAAUGGGAGUUGUGUGGCUAAGGAGAACUCAGCAGCAGCUUUAUUCAGCUUGUCAAUGCUUGAUGAGAUUAAAGAGAUUGUUGGUCAAUCAAAUGGAUUCCCCCCUUUGGUGGAUUUGUUGAGGAAUGGAACAAUUAGAGGGAAGAAAGAUGCUGUUACAGCCCUUUUUAACUUAUGUAUCAACCAUGCAAAUAAAGGUAGGGCCAUUAGAGCUGGCAUUGUGACACCUUUGCUUCAAUUGCUCAAGGACACAAACUUAGGCAUGAUUGAUGAGGCACUCUCCAUUUUGUUACUCCUUGUAUCAAAUUCAGAAGCAAGACAAGAGAUUGGACAACUUAGUUUCAUCGAAACCCUUGUUGACUUCAUGAGAGAAGGGAGUCCAAAGAACAAGGAAUGUGCAGCAUCUGUUCUUCUUGAGUUGUGCUCAAGUAAUUCAUCCUUUACAUUGGCAGCACUUCAGUUUGGAGUGUAUGAGUAUUUAAUGGAGAUAAAACAAAAUGGAACAAAUAGAGCACAGAGGAAAGCAAUUGCAAUCUUAGAUCUCAUUAGCAGGAGCGAGCAAAUUUAAUCUUGCUUUCUCCAAUUAAUGUAGGUAUAAUUGUAUUAUUUCAUAGUAAACUAAACUA